GGCCAGGCGGGCAGUGCCAAAGCCGGGGAGCCCAGGGCUGGGGGGAGGGCCGGGGACAGCCCGGCCCUGCCCCCUCCCCUGCAGGGCGCCCAGCAACUUCGGAGGAAAGUUUGGCCUCGGUGGCGCGGUGGGGCCGGAGGAUGGGCAGGGCGCUGGCCUGGUGCUUGGUGCUGUGCUGCUGGGGGUGCGCGACCCCCGAGGGUGACAAAGGCUGAGGCUGAUAAUCCCUUUGUGGGGAGUCCAGGGAACAUCACUGGUGCCCGAGGAAUGGUGGGGACCCUUCGGUGUGAGCUCCAGGUUCAGGGGGAGCCCCCGGAGGUGACCUGGCUUCAGAAUGGACAGAUCCUAGAGCUGGCAGACAGCACCCAAACCCAGGUGCCCCUGGGCGAAGACUGGGACGAUGAAUGGAAAGUGGUCAGCCAACUCAGAAUCGAAUCCCUGCAGCUUACAGAUGCCGGGCAGUACCAGUGUGCGGUGGCUCUGGGCGGACAGACCUUCAUGUCCCAGCCUGGCUACAUAGGGCUGGAAGGCCUGCCUUACUUCCUGGAAGAGCCGGAAGACAGGAUUGUGACAGCUAACACCCCCUUCAACUUGAGCUGCUGGGCCCAGGGACCCCCAGAACCUGUGAAUCUACUUUGGCUCCAGGAUGCUGUCCCCCUGAGCCUGGACAUGGCCCACAGCCCCCAGCACAACCUGCAUGUCCCAGGCCUGAACAAGACAUCUUCUUUCUCCUGCGAAGCCCAUAAUGCCAAGGGGGUCACCACAUCCCGCACAGCCACCAUCACAGUGCUUCCCCAGCGGCCCCGUGACCUCCACCUGAUUUCCCGCCAGCCCACAGAGCUGGAGGUGGCUUGGACCCCAGGCCUGAGUGGCAUCUACCCUCUCACUCAUUGCACCCUACAGGCUGUGCUGUCAGACGACAGGGUGGGUGUCUGGCUGGGAGAGCCGGACCCCCCGGAGGAGCCCCUCAUCUUGCAGGCAUCUGUGCCCCCCCACCAGCUUCGGUUGAGCAGACUCCACCCUCACACCCCUUAUCAUAUCCGGGUGUCCUGCACCAGCAGCCAGGGCCCCUCACCCUGGACCCACUGGCUCCCCGUGGAGACACCAGAGGGAGUGCCCCUGGGUCCCCCUGAGAACGUUAGCGCCAUGCGGAAUGGGAGCCAGGCCCUCGUGUGUUGGCAGGAGCCAAGGGCGCCCCUGCAGGGCACCCUGUUAGGGUACCGGCUGGCGUAUCGAGGCCAGGACACCCCAGAGGUGCUAAUGGAUGUAGGGCUAAAGCAAGAGGUGACCCUGGAACUGCGGGGGGACGGGGCUGUGCCUAACCUGACGGUGUCUGUGGCAGCCUACACCGCUGCUGGGGAUGGGCCCUGGAGCCUCCCUGUGCCCCUGGAACCCUGGCGCCCAGGGCAAGGACAGCCAAUCCACCAGCUGGUGAGUGAACCCCCAGCUCCUGCCUUCUCGUGGCGCUGGUGGUAUGUACUGCUGGGAGCAAUUGUGGCUGCUGCCUGUGUCCUCAUCUUGGCCCUGUUCCUUGUCCACCAGCGAAAGAAGGAGACCCGCUAUGGAGAGGUGUUUGAGCCAACAGGGGAGAGAGGUGAACUCGUAGUCAGGUACCGUGCGCGCAAGUCCUACAGUCGCCGGACCACCGAAGCCACCCUGAACAGCCUGGGCAUCAGCGAGGAGCUGAAGGAGAAGCUGCGGGACGUGAUGGUGGACCGGCAUAAGGUGGCCCUGGGGAAGACCCUGGGAGAAGGGGAGUUCGGAGCUGUGAUGGAGGGCCAGCUCAACCAGGACGACUCCAUCCUCAAGGUGGCUGUGAAGACCAUGAAGAUUGCCAUCUGCACAAGAUCAGAGCUGGAGGAUUUCCUGAGUGAAGCCGUGUGCAUGAAGGAAUUCGACCACCCCAACGUCAUGAGGCUCAUUGGCGUCUGUUUCCAAGGUUCCGAACGAGAAGGCUUUCCAGCACCUGUGGUCAUCUUGCCAUUCAUGAAACACGGAGACCUGCACAGUUUUCUCCUUUAUUCUCGGCUUGGGGACCAGCCAGUGUUCCUGCCCACUCAGAUGCUGGUGAAGUUCAUGGCAGACAUUGCCAGUGGCAUGGAGUAUCUGAGUACCAAGCGAUUCAUACACCGGGACCUGGCCGCCAGGAACUGCAUGCUGAACGAGAACAUGUCCGUGUGCGUGGCAGACUUUGGGCUCUCUAAGAAGAUCUACAACGGGGACUACUACCGUCAGGGACGCAUUGCCAAGAUGCCCGUCAAGUGGAUCGCCAUCGAGAGCCUGGCUGACCGAGUCUACACCAGCAAGAGCGACGUGUGGUCCUUUGGGGUGACAAUGUGGGAGAUUGCCACGCGGGGUCAGACCCCCUAUCCAGGAGUGGAGAACAGUGAGAUUUAUGACUACCUGCGCCAGGGAAACCGCCUGAAGCAGCCCGUGGACUGUCUGGACGGCCUGUACGCGCUGAUGUCCCGGUGCUGGGAGCUGAACCCUCGAGACCGGCCAAGUUUUACAGAGCUACGGGAAGACCUCGAGAACACGCUGAAGGCCCUGCCCCCUGCCCAGGAACCUGACGAAAUCCUCUAUGUCAACAUGGAUGAAGGCGGAGGUCCUCCUGAACCCCCUGGAGCUGCUGGAGGAGCUGACCCCCCAACCCAGCCUGACCCUAAGGAUUCCUGUAGCUGCCUCACUGCAGCCGAGGUCCAUCCUGCUGGACGCUACGUCCUUUGCCCAUCUACAGCCCCUGGCCCCUCUGCGCCUGCUGACAGGAGCUCUCCGUCACCCCCAGGGCAGGAGGAUGGAGCCUGAGACAAUCCUCCACCUAGAACUCCCUCUCAGGACCCAAGCUAGGCACUGCCACUGGGGGAACCUUACCCCCCACUUUUCCACUCCAGGCCUUAUCCCCAACUGUAGUCCUCUUCCUACCCUUCCCACCCUCAUCCCAGACAGACCCUUCCUUUUCUCUGCACCGUAAAAUCCUCAUCCCUAAGAGGCCAUGUUUGAACUGCAAUCUCUAAGGGCCCAUCCUCCCUCCCCCCCAGGUCUGACAUUCCAAGAAUCUAGAUUCCUAUGUUUAAGGAGCCUAGAUUCAAAGAUUCUAGGUCUCAAAGAUGCUAUGAGUCUUGGGUUCUAAGGACCUGAAAUCCAAAGUCUCUAAAUAGUGCUGAGAGUCU